AUGUACUCUCCAAGAACUCUUCCGCGAACAUUCACAUCGAUCCUACUCCUUGUAUGGUUGCUUCUUGGCACCUCUCUCGGGCAAAACGAUCCAGUCAAGAACUUCUGUCGGAGAUGGGGUCACCAGUCGGCUGUAGUGGAUCGGAAGCUAUACGUCGAUGGUGGUUUGAUCAACUAUGAAGAUGCGACAAAUAACUUGACUAACACGUUUCUCUCCUUCAAUGAUCUUGACGCCGUAAACAGCGGUGGAAUGCCCCCGUUCUACGCCAAUCUAUCCAAGAACGAUACGAUCCCAAGCGUCAACGGCGGCAUCUUAUGGGAAGACUCGGUCAACAAAAGACUUUACCUUUAUGGCGGCGAAUCGUAUCAAUCCCCUCCUCUAUCCUUCGAUCUCUACAGCUACGACAUCAUCUACAAUCAAUGGGUGUCGUUUGGUGCUCCCCCACGAGAAGUUCAAGCGGCCAGCUAUGGAGCUGGUGUCUCCAUCUCGUCGAGAGGGGAGGCGUACUACUACGGCGGGUGGCUAAGCAAUGCAUCAGUUCCAGGUUGGUCGGGUCCGCCACUAGCAUCGAAUGGAUUGAUCAAGUAUGAGAUGGAUUCGAAUACUUGGAGCAAUAUAACGGGACCGGAUGAUAAAGGACGAGCAGAGGGAGCGAUGGUCUUUAUUCCAGCUGGGGAUGGUGGAAUGUUGGUGUAUUUUGGGGGCGCUCUAGAUCUAUAUGGCAAUGGAACCUUGACGCCGCAGCCCUUGGAUGAGAUCUUCCUGUUUGAUGUCGCGAAUGCAAAAUGGUAUACACAAAAGACAUCAGGCAAUACCCCUCAGGACAGACGCCGUUUCUGCGGCGGUGCGACUUGGGCAAAGGAUCACUCGAGCUACAAUAUUUACAUAUAUGGCGGCGGAGGCUUCCCUCCAGAUACGACAGGCUACGACGAUAUUUACAUCCUGACCAUCCCAAGUUUCCAAUGGAUCAGGGGCCCAUACCCGACCUAUAAGAACGGCACUGGAGCCUUCCCGAAGAGCAUGAUGAGCUGCAACGUCGUCGACGAUGCGCAAAUGCUCGUUAUAGGAGGCACCUACUCCAACGCCACCGACAAAGUCUGCGACGUACCGACAAUCCAGGGCGCACACAACAUGAACCUGGGCAAGCAGAACAAAGAAGAUGCCAUUUGGGCACUGUAUCAGCCCAAUCUGACCACCUACAUUGUGCCCAUUGACAUUCGAACGGCGGUUGGAGGCAAUUCUGCCGGUGGCGCCACCACCACAACGCCUGUCAGCGGAUUUGACGCCCCCGACUUGGCUGUGCAGAUGGAACGCACUGCAGGUUCGGGAACACGGACUGCGACGCGCGUAACUGACACAAGCACCAGCAAGCCAUCGCCCCCUUCACACACUACCAGGCCAUCUUCAGGACUCAGCACUGGAGCAAUAGCGGGAAUUGCCGCUGGGGGUACUGUGGCGUUCAUCCUUGCGCUGUUGGGAAUUGGUUGCCUUAUCUACCGUCGCAGGAAGUACUACAGCCAGAAUCACGGUGUGGCGGCGCCACCACCACCACCAAUGGCUGUAAGUGGUGUCACUGGCUGGACAUCCCCUGUAUCUCCGUCUUAUACCGGAGGACAGGCCUGGCCUGCAAGCCCCCCGUCUGAACUGACGAGUGAGCAUCGGUCGCCUGACAUGCAUCAGAGGACGACUCCUAAGAAUGAUUUUCAGCCUACUGGGGUCGGUGAGGGGGCUCCACCGGCUGAGUUGGCGGGUGAGGGGAAUAUGCAUGAGUAUCACGAUCACGAUGGACUGUCGCCGAUGGAGAGGAUUUCCCCUCCUAAUGACUGGUCGAGAUAG